AUCCCCGUUCCUAAUGUAUCCUAUUCUUUUAUUAAGGGAUUUCAGUAAUCCUUAAAUAGUACCAAAUGCAAAUCUGGGAACUAUUAUUGACCAUUUUGCAGCUGCAAUAUUCUGUUAAUUACACACGACCCCUUCAUUUAAGUUAAACAUCCCAGUUUAUAAGACAUGCGAUGUGAAAGAAAUUUUACAAUUAAUAAAAAAUAUGAAACGGGUGUAAUUAAGAGUAUGGUUAUUACAACCUCUCACCACCCCCCUCGCUAAAUACACAGUUACAUUACAGCACAGUGAAAGGGGGCAACAUUAUACUGACGGUUUGGUUUACAGUGUAUGCCACAUUAUUCAGAACAGCAUAUUAAACUCCAGCAGCCUCCCGUAUUGUUUCGGUCUGGCGCUGUGUGGCAGCACUGUUCUGCCGGAAACGGAAUUUUAAUACCGAGAAUUGCAGUGUGGGAUAGUUUCCGGAGAAGACGAGAGCGCUCUGUAUCGCAGAUGGUGUGGAGCAAAAACUGAAAUGAAUUAAACAUUACAUUUCCUCUCAAUUAAUGGUUUAAUUUAAAAGUAAUAAGUCAUUCAACAGGAUACAUCUUGUUAUAGGGUAGAAGUAAAAAAUAAAAAAGAGGCGACUGAACAAGUAACCAGCUGGACAACUGUUCAACUAGCUAUAUUGGGUUCACACCCCCUUAUCUUAUUGUACUGUUACAUAUUUUGGGCGACCAACAAUCUUGUUUGGAAUACAGUUUUAUGUAAUUGAGUCAUUGCAGCGGUUCUGGUGAUUACAGUUUUAAUUGCAAAUAAAUAAAUAAAUAAAUAAACAAAAAUAAAUAAAUAACAGGGUGAGGAGAGUUCAGCUAUUGCCAGUUUUAGGCCGCGCUGUUAUCCUGUACAUUAAGUUGUAUUAUUAUAAAAACCUUGUACAUAAACAAUGGCUUCUUCGUCUGGGACCGAUGACGACCUUACCAUACCCAGGGCAGCUAUCAAUAAAAUGAUUAAAGAAACCCUCCCCAGUGUCCGGGUGGCAAACGAUGCCAGAGAACUGGUGGUGAACUGCUGCACUGAAUUCAUUCACCUCAUCUCAUCAGAAGCGAAUGAAAUAUGUAACAAGUCAGAAAAGAAAACCAUUUCUCCAGAACACGUCAUCCAUGCACUUGAGAGCCUGGGGUUUGCAUCUUACAUUACGGAAGUAAAAGACGUUUUGCAAGAGUGUAAAACAGUAGCACUUAAAAGAAGAAAAGCAAGUUCCCGACUGGAAAACCUUGGCAUUCCUGAAGAAGAGCUGCUCAGACAGCAACAGGAGCUAUUUGCAAAAGCGCGGCAGCAGCAGGCAGAGCUGGCACAGCAGGAAUGGUUACAGAUGCAGCAGGCGGCCCAGCAAGCACAGCUGGCAGCGGCCUCGGCCAGCGCAGCACACCAGGCGGGCUCCUCUCAGGAUGAAGAUGAGGAGGAUGACAUGUGAACCUCACCCGGCCACCAGCGUUGCCAGCCUCUACCGCAACUUCUCUCUGCAGAAAAUCAGAAAAAUACGUAGUCAGACGAAUGUUUACUUUCAUUUCGUAUGCAUCUUGGCGGACUGGGGCGUUAACAGUGCAGGGAGACCUCUGCCUCGGUGAAGACCAAACCGUUGUGUUGCUGUUUCCAGCUGCACCAUUCAACUUAGUG